AUGGCGGCCGACCUGCGCAGGCGGCCAAGGCCUUCUUCCGAGAUACCGCCCGUUCCGAAGCUCUCCUCCUCAGCACCCACGGCGACCCAAGAUGAUCUUUCCAAGAUAGACCACCCCUCGGGCAGGGAGAAGAAAAGCGCCCUCACACAGUUCAUCCGCGGCUUUAGUUUUGUCGCAUACUUCCUGCUCUGCUGUGUUGCUAUCAACAUCACGCAAUUUAUCGGUGCCCCUUUGUACUGGAUAAAUCGCGACCUCUAUUAUGCCUAUAUGGCCCUGACCAAGGAGUCUUUCGGACUCUUGAUAGUCACCAUGACCAAGGUCUGGGGUCCCACCACGAUACGGAUCAGCGGCGACCCCUCCGUCGCCGGCCAGAUCACCCGCGCCUCGGAUGGUCGCGUCGAGUUCGACUUUCCUGAUCGCAUGGUCAUGAUAGCAAACCAUCAGAUCUACACCGACUGGCUGUACCUCUGGUGGGUGGGCUACGCGAACAGCCCCCGCAUGCAUGGCUACCUGUACAUCAUCCUCAAGGAGUCCCUCAAGUACAUCCCCGUCAUCGGCCCGGGUAUGAUGUUCUAUGGAUUUAUAUUCAUGUCUCGCAAGAUGGCCGUCGAUCAGCCACGCAUGGCUUAUCGCCUCGGCAAGCUCAAGAUGCACCACACCGCCCCUGACGGCAGGGACUAUCUGAACCCCAUGUGGCUGCUGCUCUUCCCUGAGGGAACCAACCUGUCCGAUAACGGUCGCGUCAAGUCUGCAAAAUGGGCGGAGAAGACCGGUAUCAGGGAUUGUGAACACCUCCUACUUCCUCGGAGCUCAGGCAUGUAUUUUGUCCUCAAGGAGCUAAAGGGCACCGUCGACUACGUCUACGACUGCACCGUCGCCUACGAGGGCAUCCCCCGUGGCGGAUAUGGCGAGGCAUACUUCACAUUGUCUGGUACCUACUUUGAGAGCCGACCUCCCAAGUCUGUCAAUUUCUACUGGCGCCGAUUCCGCAUCGACGACAUACCCCUGGACGACCAUGACAGCUUCGACGCCUGGUUGCUGGAGCGGUGGUAUGAGAAGGACGCCCUGAUGGAAACGUAUGUGAGCUCCGGCCGCUUCCCGGCUAUGGCUGCUGCCCCAGGUCAGGCCAAGGCCGAUCACAAUGACUAUAUCGAGACCGAAGUCCGCACUAAAUACUGGUGGGAAUUUCUGCGUAUUUUUGUUGUCGUCGCCGUGUUUGCUCUGCUGGGCAACAUCGUUUCCAAGAUCUGGCACAUGGUUGCACAUAUCUCGGGAUGA